AAUGUGUACAGCGUGAGUAAACGACAACCAUGGGAAGAAAGAAGCCCCCUAAAGAAGGGAAGCCUACUAAAUAUAAGGAGUCCCGCUUUAAGAAAACCUCUAAAAGUCUUGAAAGCUUCGUGAAUGAGGUCCAUGAAGCUCUGGAUGCCAGCGUUCAGGGGGAUGCAAAGGAUGAAGGAUGUGAGGCACAGGUGAAGUUCCCCUGCCCCUUGGCCAUGUGGGACUUGGGCCAUUGUGACCCAAAGAGGUGCACUGGAAGAAAGCUCAUCCGGAAAAACCUAGUCAGAAGCCUUCGCAUCAACCAGAGGUUCAACGGUCUUAUUCUGAGUCCUAUGGGAACCGUAUACGUUUCUCCUGUUGACAAGCAGAUUGUUGCAGACAGCGGCGUGGCGGUCAUAGACUGCUCCUGGGCUAAACUCGAGGACACACCUUUUGCCAAGAUGAGAGGGGGUCAUGCGCGGCUGCUACCGUACUUGAUUGCUGCAAACCCUGUGAACUAUGGGCGCCCGUGCAAGCUGUCCUGCGUGGAAGCCUUUGCCGCAACAUUCUGCAUUGUGGGUUUUCCAGAACUGGCCACUAUUCUUCUGCGGAAAUUCAAGUGGGGUAAAGUCUUCCUUGAGCUGAAUAAAGGUCUGCUAGAAAAGUACAGCAAUUGUCAGAGUGUGGAGGACGUCAAGAAGGUAGAGACAGAGUUCCUCUCCGGUGCUCACGAUGAAGAAACAGAAGAAUUUGAUCCCUUUGAUGUUGAAUCCGGAAGAGAAUUUUCUAACCCCAACAGAGCCAUCACCUCAAAAGGGAUAAAUCAUGAUGAGAAGGACGACGACGAUGAUGAUGAUGAAGACGAAGACGAUGAAGAAGAUCAUAGUGAUGAAGACACAGAUGAAGAGGUACAAGAAAGGUCAUCCAAAGAGGAAAGUGACGAAGAGGAGGAGGAGGUGGCAGCAGCAUCUAAACCUGUUGUAUGGAAAGGUGUCAAAAAGAGACUUAGAGACUAGAAAACAGUUUCUACAAUCAAAUUACAUCAAGACUGAUAUAAAAA